UCAGUAGUCAUGUGAUCAUCUGUGGCUUCAUCACGUACACCCCAACGCAUAUCCACUACCUAACGUAAAAGGAUAAUUGAGUAUUCAGUGUUUUAUUUAAUGGAUCAUCUUUAAUAGCAAUUUAAUUUCGAAGCAAAUAUGGCACCACCAGAUCUUGUAACGCAAAUGAAUACCUAUCGGUCAUACGUGACCAUGUUGGCAGAUCCUAAUUCUAAAGAUGAAUCAAAAUUAAAGGGUGUACAAGAAUUAUCUGAAAAUUUUGAGGUCAUCAUGUGUUCUUCGCAAUACCCAGCAUUUUUGGAUCACAUGAUGAAAAUAUUUUUGAAAAUAUUACAGGAAGGAGAGCCUCAUUUUAUAUCAGAAUAUAAUAUACAACAAGUUCGUAAACUUAUUCUCGAAAUGAUUCACAGGCUUCCAAGUAAUGAAUAUCUCCGAUCAUACGUUAAACAAAUUUUAAGCCUUAUGUCUAAAUUAUUAGAAACAGAUAACGAAGAAAACGUAUUAGUAUGUUUGAGGAUUAUUAUUGAGCUUCACAAACAAUAUAAACCAACGUUUAAUCCUGAAAUACAAUAUUUUCUGCAAUUUGUAAAAUCGGUUUAUAGCGAGUUACCAAAUAAUUUGUCAAAUAUAUUCGAGCCACGUCCACCGCUCAUUGUAAAGGAUUUAUCUGAAGUAAAUAUAGAAGUUCUUUUAAAAGAGACAUUCACUAUUACAGCUAUACAAAUUGAAAAAAAAGCAGCUGAUGAUACAGUUGUUACUUAUAAUCUCAUUCCAAAGGCGGUAUUAUCUCUCAAAGUACUACAGGAACUGCCUAUUAUAGUUGUGCUUAUGAAUCAGUUGUAUAAGCAAAAUGUUCAUCAGGAUGUAUCUGAUUUUAUACCACUUGUAAUAACUACCAUCACGUUACAACCUAGUCUUCAGCAUCGUGCAUCUUCUGGAUUUAACAAAGAAGUAUUUGUUGAUUUUAUGGGAGCUCAAAUAAAGACGUUGUCUUUCUUGGCAUAUGUUAUUCGAGUUUAUCAAGAUGUUGUAUCACAACAUAGUACGGUAUUAGUGAAAGGUAUACUGGGUUUGUUCAUGCUCUGUCCUAUAGAAGUUGCCCACUUGCGAAAGGAAUUGGUGAUCGCAUCUAGGCAUAUACUUGCCACAGAUUUACGUAAUAAAUUUAUACCACACAUGGAAUGUUUCUUUGAUGAAGACGUAUUUAUUGGUCGUGGAUGGACAACGCGAGAAUCUCUUAGACCAUUGGCAUAUUCAACUCUUGCUGAUUUAGUGCAUCAUGUCAGAUUAUUACUGCCAUUGAAUGAUGUUUCAAGAGCUGUCCAUUUGUAUAGCAAAAAUUUGCUCGAUCAAAGUCUUCCAACAGCAGUUCAAAUGGUAUCUUGUAAAUUACUGAUGAAUCUAGUAGACACUGUCAGACAGAGAUCAGACGCUGAAAAUAGUUCCCAAGGAAGAGAAUUAUUAAUGCGUAUACUUUUGGUAUUUGUUUUCAAAUUUAAGACAAUUGCUAAAAUAUAUUUACCAAUUUUACGUACCAAAGUUAAACAACUACCACCAGUUGGAUUAGAUAUCAAGACAGAAGAAGCAAAACCAGUUAUACCAGAUUUAACAGAAGAAAAAGAAACUGGAAAAUCAAAAUUUGGAUUCCCUAUCUCUCAUGCUAUGAGUUUUAAUGUAGCCGAUUACAGAAACUUAGUGAAGAGUUUAGUACACGGUGCCAAGGCUAUUACAUCUAAUUGCAUAAAUAGUAAAUCAAGCGAAGUAAUACAGCCUAAUCAAUUCCAACCAAAGGAGACAUUAAUUUAUAUAAAAUUAGUUAAAUGGGCAUUACCUGCAUUAGAUAUUUAUACAUUAACUCCUCCUAAUGCUGGAGUUGUAACUCAACCUGGUAGACCAGCGCAAUCGCAAAUAAGAACAAGAGAAGAAAAAGAAGUUUUGGAAUUAUUUGGCAAUGUAUUUACUCAAAUGAGCCCACAGACAUUUCAAGAAAUAUUUUCUACGUCUAUAGAUUACAUGGUGGAAAGAAUUUUUAAAAACUGCACAUUACAAAUAAUUGGAAGUGCUUUUCUCUCCAGUCCAACAAUAUCAUCAACGUUUGCUACAAUAUUAGUUGAAUAUUUGUUAGAAAGAAUGAGUGAUAUGGGAUCGAAUGUAGAAAGAAGCAAUUUAUAUUUAAGAUUAUUUAAACUUGUUUUUGGUAGUGUAUCACUUUUUCCAGCCGAAAAUGAACAUAUGCUACGCCCUCACCUGAAUCAAAUUGUUAACAGGGCUAUAGAAUUAGCUAUGACGGCUAAGGAACCUUAUAACUAUUUUUUGCUUUUGCGUGCUCUAUUUAGAUCGAUUGGCGGGGGAUCUCACGAUCUUUUGUAUCAAGAAUUUUUACCUUUACUUCCUAAUAUGUUGGAAGGAUUAAAUAGAUUGCAAUCUGGUUUACAUAGGCAGCAUAUGAAAGAUCUCUUCGUUGAAUUAUGUUUGACAGUGCCAGUAAGAUUAAGUUCGCUUUUACCAUAUCUCCCAAUGUUGAUGGAUCCUCUCGUUUCUGCGCUUAAUGGAAGCUACUGUUUAGUUAGCCAAGGCUUAAGAACUCUCGAACUUUGCGUUGAUAAUUUACAACCAGACUUUUUGUAUGAACACAUACAACCGGUACGUGCAGAUCUGAUGCAAGCUUUAUGGAGAACUUUACUUAAUUCUACCGAUCAAGCGCACGUAGCACUCAGAGUAUUAGGCAAAUUUGGUGGAGGAAAUCGUAAAAUGAUGAAUGAGCCUCAAAAAUUAGAGUACAAUGAUCGUGAAACUGAUUCACCCGCUUUAGUUGUCUAUUUCCAAGAUCCAUAUAAGGCAAUUCAUUUUUCUGUUGAAAAAAUAAUUGAUACAGCAUUUAAUGCACUUAAAUCGAAUACAACAGGUACAUUUUACCGCAAACAAUGUUGGGAAGUUAUUGCUUGUUAUUUAGCAGCAUCUUUAAAAUUGGAUGACAAUAAUGCUAUAUUACAAAGGUUGUUUAUGCACCCCAGCUUUAAAGAAGGCAAGAUUCCACAUCAACAAGGACCUCAUUAUAAAUGUCCUGAUUUAGUUGCAAGAAAUGUUCAGCAAACUGCUUUAACUGGCUUAUUUGUUGCUGCUGAAAUCAAAGAACUUCGCAAUUUAGUUCUUGGAACUGUGGUAUCCAUUGUUAGACACUAUACAAUGGUUGCAAUUGCACAGCAAGCUGGACCAUUUUGUUUAACUGGAAAACAAAUAGAUAUGCAAGGACAAGAUCCCUUAGUAUUAAUAGAUGCCCUUGUUGUAAUAAUGGGCCACGAAGAAAAAGACCUUUACAAGCCUGGUCAUUUGGCAUUAGUGUUAAUAUUGGAAACAGCAACCAAUAUUUUAGGUUCUAAAGAAAGAGCUUGUCAAUUGCCAUUGAUGGAAUAUUUGGCUGAAAGAAUGUGUUCAUUGUGUUACGAACGUGCCUGGUAUGCUAAAUUGGGUGGUUGUAUAGCCAUCAAAUUUCUUUUCGAACGAAUGGCAACAAAAUGGGUAUUAAACCAUCUUUUUGUUUUUCUAAAGGCAUUAAUGUUCGUAAUGAUGGAUUUAACGGAAGAAGUGUCCAAUGGUGCUAUCGACAUGGCCAAAGCUAACUUAGAAAAAAUGCUAAGAGUUGGUGUCAAUCCUGGUAUUCAAGAUGGAAAUAAAGAAUUGAUAGAAGUCCAGAAUAAAAGUUUAUACGAAGUUACUCACGAGUUGGUCAGACAAGUUACUUCACCACAUACAUUGGUACGAGAACAGGCAAUGGCUUCAUUAAGAUUACUUGCUGAGAUACAAGAUCAAACGAUCACAGAUGUUAUGGAACCACAUAAAGAAGUUUUGGCAGACAUGAUUCCGCCAAAGAAGCAUUUAUUACGACAUCAGCCUGCUAAUGCACAAAUAGGUUUAAUGGAUGGCAAUACCUUUUGUACUACUUUAGAUCCUCGUUUAUUUACUAUCGAUCUUAGCGUCAUGGAACAUAAAGUAUUUUUUCAAGAACUCUUAGCUCUCAGCGAAGCGGAAGAUGCGAGUUUGAACAAGUUGCCUUGCUACAAAGCUGUAGCAAAUCUUAUUCCUCUUAGAAAAUCAGCACUCAAAGCAUUGUCAGCUUGUCAUUACAUCGUAGGAUGCAGAGAAAAAAUCUUUGGUGUACUUUACAAAGCUAUGGAAAAACCUAAUGUAGAACUGCAAGAAGCUGCAUUCGAAUGCAUGAAGAAAUUUAUAGCAGGUUUCCAAAUUGAAAUGGAAUCUGUUCAUCUUAUCAUAAGACCAAUGCUCUUGACAUUGGGAGAUCAUAGAAAUUUAACUAUGAAUUGCGUUAAACGACUGUCAUACUUGACGCAAUUGUUUCCUAGCACCUUCAGUAUUACACUGUGCGAACAAUUAUUGCAGCAUUUGAAAAAAUUAUUAGAACACUUGAUUCAAGCACAAAAAGGUAUAUCGAAAUCUGAAGAGAAUGAACAAAAAAUUGCUGUUAUUAUUGGAAUUUUUCGUGAGAUUCCAACAGCUACACCUAAAUUUAUAGAUGUAUUAUGCAGGCUUAUUUUGCAGACAGAAAAAUCAUUGACUGUAGAGGUGUCCAGUCCUUUCCGUAUACCUUUAAUGCAAUUUUUAUUACGAUAUCCAACAGACACACUUAAUUUAUUUUUACACGACAACAACAUAAAGGAUCAACAAUGGAGCAGAUACUUAGAAUUUCUUAUUAAACAUAAAGAAGGAAAACCAUUCCGUGAUGCGCUGCAUAACAGUACAGCAAGAUUGAUUACUAUGCUUCAUGCAUUCAAUCAAACAAAUUCAAGUUUGUUACCUAGUGAAAAAAGUGAACUUCAACAUCAAGCAAUCAAAAUUAUUUCCGUAUUGAUUAAGUAUGACGAGCAAUGGUUAUCCACUCAAACUCAAUUGGUGAGUGCCUUGAAACAAAUCUGGUGUAAUGACGAAUAUCAAGCAUUACAUAAAAAAGUAGAAAGCGUUGAUUAUUGCCAUUGGAAAGAGCCAAAGCUUAUAGUCAAGAUCUUGUUACAUUAUUUCCGUCAUCAUCCCAACGAUAUAGAUUUACUUUUUAAUUUACUGAGAGCAACGUGCGAUAGAUUUAUACCAGAUUUUCAAUUUCUUAGAGAUUUUUUGGAGCAUACAGUGGCACAAGAAUAUACUGUAGAAUGGAAACGCAGUGCCUUCUUUAGAUUUGUUGAUCAUUUUCCGACAAAUAGUUUAUCACAAGAGCUCAAAGCUAAUGUUCUUCAAUUAAUUAUUAUUCCAUGCUUUGCUGUAAGUUUUGAAAGGGGAGAAGGUACAAAAUUAGUGGGAACUGCACCUAUGCCUUAUCAGGAUAAUCCAGAAAAUGUGGUAUCCGUUUUUAUCAGUAAAAUUAUUGAUCCAGACAAUCCGUUUGGUACUGCAGAUUGUGUACGAAUAUUUUUACUGCAAUUUUCAUGUUUGUUAGUGGAGCAAGCUUCGCAGCAUAUACACGAUGUAACUAAUAAAAGACAAGGCAUCAAAUUACGCCGUUUGAUGACUUUUGCUUGGCCUUGUUUAUUAGGCAAAAAUUGCGUAGAUCCUACGACAAGAUACCAUGGACAUUUACUCUUAAGUCAUAUCAUUGCCAAAUUUGCCAUUCAUAAAAGAAUAGUUCUUCAAGUAUUUCAUAGUUUAUUAAAGGCACAUGCGUUGGAUGCGAGAAGCGUUGUAAGACAAGCAUUAGAAAUUUUAACACCAGCAAUGCCGGUUAGAAUGGAAGAUGGUAAUACAAUGUUAACGCAUUGGACGAAAAAAAUCAUUGUGGAAGAAGGCCAUUCAAUGCAACAACUUUUUCAUAUUUUGCAAUUGGUUGUAAGACAUUAUAAAGUUUAUUAUCCCGUAAGAUAUCACCUAGUACAGCACAUAGUAAAUUCAAUACAAAGAUUGGGAUUCAGUCCUACUGCUACAAUAGAACAUAGAAGAUUAGCUGUAGAAUUAGCAGAAGUAAUCAUAAAAUGGGAACUGCACAGAAUAAAAGAUGAGGCUGAAAUAGAAUCUGAUGGUUCUAGAACAGGAACAAGUGGAGUAAAACGUCCAAUAUCAGAAGAUUCAAUGGGUAUGAAACGUAUGUCUGUUCAAUCUACAUCCGGCAACUCUGCAGUACCAGUUUUGUUACCAAGAACAGAACCAGGAUCUACUAAACCAAUUGAAAGAGCACACGCUGAUGCAAUUCUUAAUUUCUUAUUACGUUUAGCAUGUCAAGUAAAUGAUGUGACAACACUCCAUGGCAAUCCUGGUGAACAAUUAUCAAGACGAUGUGUUGCAUUAUUAAGAAUGGCAUUAAAACCAGAUGUGUGGCCACAAUGUGGUGAUUUGAAAUUAGCAUGGCUUGAUAAAGUACUUGCUAGUGUAGAUAAUCCACAACCAAAUUAUGGUAAUAUAUGCACAGCUUUGGAAGUUUUGACAUUUCUAUUGAGCGUCAUGAAAAGAGAACAAAUUCUUGCAAGUUUCAAACCCUUACAACGUGGUAUAAGCGUUUGCAUUUCAAGCAGUAAUACUAAAGUUAUAAGAUUAGUUCAUGCUUUAUUAUCGCGAUUAAUUACUAUAUUCCCAGCAGAACCUACUUCAUCUACAGUCACCUCCAAAUACGAAGAGUUGGAUACAUUAUAUACCGCGAUAGGUAAAUUUAUCGUUGAUGGAUUGACAAGUUACGAAAAAAAUACUACAGCCACUCCUACCACAUUAUUUGGAACGCUGAUGAUGUUGAAAGCUGCUUGCACAAAUAAUCAAAGCUACAUUGAUAGACUGAUAACACCAUUUAUGAGAGUUUUACAUAGAAUGGCUAAAGACCACUUACACUCCACGCAAGCAGAGACUAAUCCAGUUGGCAGUGAAUUAUUGAUUUUAAGUUUGGAUCUUGUUAAAAAUCGUAUUGUUGUAAUGGGCGUGGAUAUGCGAAAAACAUUUAUAGGAUCUAUUCUCGUAGGUCUUAUAGAAAAAACUCAAGAUAUCAAAGUAAUGAAGGCUAUUACUAAGAUGAUUGAAGAAUGGAUGAAAAACAAGAGCCCAAUAGCUAUGAAUCAAACGCCAAGUUUAAGAGAGAAAUCUAUUCUAUUAGUUAAAAUGAUGCAGUAUGUUGAAAAACGUUUUCCCGAUGAUUUGGAACUAAACAGACAAUUUUUGGAAUUAGUCAAUUACAUAUAUAGAGACGAAGCACUUAAAGGUUCAGAGCUGACAACAAAAUUGGAACCUGCUUUUCUUGCUGGUCUGCGAUGUAUUCAACCAGCUAUUCGAGCCAAAUUCUUUGAAGUAUUUGAUGGAUCAAUGAGAAGACGACUUCAUGAUAGACUUUUAUACAUUAUCUCUAGUCAAAGUUGGGAUGCAAUAGGUCAACAUUAUUGGAUCAAACAAUGCAUCGAAUUGCUUCUUGUUACUGCUAAUUCUACUACCCAAAUACAAAUGAGCAAUCAAGAUAUAUUAUUGCCUAGUAUUACGUCUAUAAUAAGUAUGGCAGAUAGUGAAGAGCAUACAAAUUUUAUUGCAUAUCCUAUCAUAAAAGAAGAACCUGAAGAUAAUAAUGAAUCAAAUGAUACAAAAGAAGAUCUUCUUAAUCUGGAUCUCUCUAAUUCUGAUUCAACAAUAGUUCCAGAAGAAAUUAUAACUACUGGAAAAACUAGCUUGACCCAAUUAAUUGAAAAACAGGCUGAAUUUAUAGAAAACACUAAGAAAACUAGGACAGAACUAUUAUUAUUAGCAGCGAUACAGCUUUGUCAUAUGGACACAAACUUGGCAGAACACGUAUGGCUGGAUACUUUCCCAAAAUUAUGGAGUAUUUUAGAUGAAAAUCAACAUAAUAGUUUAAUUGCAGAAGUCGUACCAUUUGUUUGUAGUGGUGCUCAUAUAAUACAAAAGGACUGUCAUCCCAGUGCAAUAGCAACUUUUGUUGAAUCAUUGGCUCAUUGUCAACCACCUGUACCGAUGCGACCCGCAUUGAUGAAGUACUUAGGUAGAUCGCAUAAUCUUUGGCAUAGAAUGACAUUGCUCUUGGAACAAAUGGCAUUUGACAAUGGAUAUAAUCAAUUUAAAACUAAAAGAGAACCUGAUUGUUAUGACGCUGAACCAGAUAACAGUCCACACGCUGAAGUUCUCGAUUCAUUAUCCGAUAUGUAUUCCUUAUUAUGUGAAGAAGACAUGUGGUCGGGUCUUUGGCAAAAGCAUGCGCAUUAUAAGGAAACCAUUCAAGCAACUGCCUUAGAGCAACAAGGAUUCUUUGAACAAGCACAAGCAGCAUAUGAUUCUGCAAUGACUAAAUUUAAGCAAGAUUACGUUUCAACGCCAGCGCCGUUCAAAAUACAACGUGAAGCUAUUCUUUGGGAACAACAUUGGAUAAGAUGUGCAAAAGAAUUGAAUCAAUGGGACUUGUUAUUAGAAUACGGAAACAAGAAAGCUGAGAAAAAUCCAUUUCUUAUUUUGGAAAGUUCUUGGCGUAUUCCUAAUUGGCCAUUAAUGAAGGAAGCUCUUGCUCAAGUAGAACAUAAUUGUCCUAAAGAGAUGGCUUGGAAAGUUAAUCUAUAUCGUGGAUUUCUAACAAUAUGUCAUACCGAGGAUCAACAUUUAAGUGCCGUUGAAAGAUAUGUAGAGUUAGCCUCAGGUCUUUGCAUGCGAGAAUGGCGAAGAUUACCUCAUAUCGUAAGUCAUGUUCAUUUACCGUUACUUCAAGCAGCUCAACAAAUAAUGGAACUUCAAGAAGCUAUGCAAAUACAUCAGGGUCUUUUACAUGGAAGAAGUACAUCAUUGCACGAUAUGAAAGCUAUUGUUAAAACAUGGCGCAAUCGAUUACCAGUAAUAGCUGAUGAUCUUAGCCAUUGGUCAGACAUUUUUACAUGGCGACAACAUCAUUAUACAUUCAUCUCUAAUCACUAUGACUCGCAACAAGAUCAGACAACGAACCAUUCAAUGUUAGGAGUUCAUGCUUCUGUCCAAGCCAUAAUACACUUCGGAAAAAUAGCUAGAAAGCAUAAUUUAUGUGGCGUCUGUUUGGAUUCACUCUCAAGAAUAUAUACGAUACCUAGUGUGCCUAUAGUUGAUUGUUUCCAAAAAAUCAGACAACAAGUCAAAUGUUACCUCCAAAUGGCUUCAGUUUCUGGAAAGAAUGAACUUCAAGAAGGUUUAGAAGUCAUCGAAUCAACUAAUUUGAGAUAUUUCACUAAAGAGAUGACUGCUGAAUUUUAUGCUUUAAAAGGAAUGUUAUUAUCACAAAUCGGUAGAUCGGAAGAUGCUAAUAAAGCCUUCUCCGCAGCUGUUCAAUUACAUGAUACUUUGGUAAAAGCUUGGGCACUUUGGGGUGAUUAUUUGGAACAUAUAUUUACACAUGAUGCUCGCCAAAUAUCUAUUGGUAUUUCAGCCAUUACUUGUUUCUUACAUGCCUGCAGACAUCAAAAUGAAUCGAAAUCUAGGAAAUAUCUUGCUAAAGUAUUAUGGUUGCUUACAUACGAUGAUGAUAAAUCUUCUCUCAUGGAAGCUGUUGAUAAAUAUGCAGUAGGAGUGCCACCGAUACAAUGGCUACCAUGGAUACCACAAUUACUGAUGUGUCUUGUUCGACACGAUGGCAAUGUGAUUUUGAAUUUGUUGAGUCAAGUUGGAAGAAUGUUUCCACAAGCAGUAUACUUUUCUAUCAGAACUCUAUAUCUUACAUUGAAGAUUGAACAGCGUGAGAGAUAUAAAAGUGCUGAAUUAGCUGGGAAGAUGCAUGACAGAGCAGAAGGUAGAAAUACAACUGGAAAUGUACAGCAACAAGGAAUAACUGAAAAUGUACCAAUUAGAGCUACACCGCCCAUGUGGAGAUGUUCUAAGAUCAUGCACUUACAACGAGAUAUUCAUCCAACUAUUUUGUCGAGUUUAGAAGGCAUAGUGGAUCAGAUGGUUUGGUUCCGAGAAACAUGGUAUGAAGAAGUACUCAGACAAUUAAAACAAGGUCUUGCCAAAUGUUAUGCAAUAGCAUUUGAGAGUCGUGGAGCUGUUAGUAAUGCUACUAUAACUCCACAUACUUUGAAUUUUGUAAAGAAGCUUGUUUCUACUUUUGGUAUUGGUAUCGAAAACAUAUCUUCUUCUCAAAACGUCAACAACACAUUUGGUUCUGCCGCUUCAGAAUCCUUGGCACGUAGAGCACAAGCGACUGUUCAGGAUCCUGUUUUUCAAAAAAUGAAGGGUCAGUUUACCAGUGAUUUUGACUUUACUGUACCUGGUGCACAACUGUUACACAAUUUAAUAUGUAAAUUGAAGAAAUGGAUCAAAAUUCUGGAAGGAAAAACUAAACAAUUACCAAAGUCAUUUUUAAUUGAAGAAAAAUGUAGAUUUUUAAGCAACUUUAGUCUUAAAACUGCUGAAGUUGAAUUACCUGGAGAAUUUUUAUUACCUAAGCAUUCUCAUUAUUACGUAAGAAUAGCUAGAUUUAUGCCACGAGUUGAAGUUGUUCAACGGCAUAAUACUGCUGCUAGAAGAUUACGUAUACGUGGUCACAAUGGUCGUCUUUAUCCUUAUUUAGUGGUCAAUGAUGCAGGCUUAGGAGAUGCACGAAGAGAAGAACGUGUUCUACAAUUAUUAAGAAUGUUAAAUCAUUAUUUGGCAAAACAGAAAGAAACUUCGAGGAGAUUCUUGCAUUUCACUGUACCACGUGUCGUAGCAGUUUCUCCGCAAAUGCGAUUGGUCGAAGAUAAUCCUGCAUCAAUUUCUUUGCUGGAUAUUUAUAAACAAGGAUGUGUCAAAUUAAAUAUAGAGCAUGAUGCUCCUAUAGCGAAUUAUUACGAUAAAUUAGCAUCUGUACAAGCAAAAGGUACCCAAGCAAGUCAUCAAGUUUUACGAGAAAUAUUGAGAGACGUACAAGUAGGUAUGGUUCCAAGAACUAUGCUUAAAGAUUGGGCAAUAAAAACAUUUCCUGGUGCAACUGAUUAUUGGACGUUUAGAAAAAUGUUUACGUUACAAUUAUCUUUGGCAUGUUUUGCCGAAUAUGUACUUCAUUUGACGAGAUUGAAUCCAGACAUGAUGUACGUACAUCAAGAUUCUGGUCUCAUUAAUAUAGCGUAUUUUAAGUUUGAUGUUGAUGACACUUUCGGUGAAUUAGAUGCUAACAGACCAGUUCCAUUCCGUUUAACGCCUAAUAUUUUGGAAUUUCUUACGAGUACAGGUGUUUCUGGACCAUUAACAGCAAGCGCUAUAGCUACAGCAAGGUGUUUGGUUCAACCAUCCUUUAAAGUGCACACAAUUCUACGUGCCAUUUUACGAGAUGAAGUUAUAGCCGAUCAUAAUAAAAAACAAGAAGAUGCUGAAAACGCAUCGCAGACACCAACGGAUAUGAAAGGCGAAUUAUUAAUAACGAUGGUUACACGUGCAGUUAAUGCGAUUGUAACAAGACUAAAUUCCUUAGCUAAUUUUGAUGGAACUGACAGUAAAGUCAGCACGUUGGUCGCUGCUGCUAACAGUCAUGAUAAUUUGUGUAGAAUGGAUCCAUCUUGGCAUCCAUGGUUAUAAAUUCAAACUGUGAUGUACAAAAUAUGAAGUACUAAAACAAUAUAAAUUUCAAACAUAUUUCCAUAAUUUCAUAGACAUACGCGCGCGCGCGCGCGCGCAUACACAUACACAUAUAUAUAUAUGUACGUAUUGAUUAAUUGAAUUUUAUAUUCGCAUCGCGUCCAUUUAUCAUUUAAAACAUCGAUGAUAGUAACUA